AUGGGAAAUUAUAUUUCGUGCACCUUGGCCACCCCUUUAAUCAAGAGUGGGAAAGCUGCAAGGGUGAUCCUUCCCGGAGGUGAAAUCAGGCAAUUCCGGGAGUCUGUAAAGGCUGCAGAGCUCAUGUUGGAGUGUCCAAACUUUUUCUUGACAAAUUCCCAAUCUCUUCAUAUAGGCAGGAGAUUUUCAGCUCUAAGUGCUGAUGAAGAAUUGGAGUUUGGUAACGUUUUCAUCAUGUUCCCGAUAAAGAGAGUAAACUCUGUGGUGACUGCAGCUGAUAUGGCUAUACUUUUCAUGGCAGCCAACUCUGCAGCCAAUAGAAUAUCUGGUGGAAAAGUGAGGAUUUUAUCAGAGUCUGGCAACGCUCACAUGCAAAAAAGGUCAAUAGAAUGUGAAGAUCGAGGAUCAAGAUUGAGCUUGGAAGGGGUUGAUGAGGGGUUUCCGGUGGCAGAAUAUAAGUACAGGUUAUCUGUUUGUAGGUCAAGAAAACCUUCCUUAGAGACAAUCAAAGAAGAAUCAUUUUGCUCAAGUUGA